AUGUCAAAAACUGACGCCUUAUCAGCGAUAUUUAGUAAUCCUUCUAGAAACUUAAACCCAUACUCAUCCAUUGUUUCGCGUCAUACGGACAAUAUAAAUGAUACCAUAGAUUUGGAGAAAAAUGGACAAAAAAUAGCGAACAAAAUCAUAACAGAGGAAUUUGAUCAUUCAUCUAUAGAAGAAACUCAGAUUGAAACAGUACCGCAGUAUAAAUCGAUAUGGCAGAAAAUAUAUUGUGAGUAUAUUGUUAUAGACAAUACUAGUUUGAAUGUUUCUUUAAAGGAAUCAUUUCUUUAUAAUCGAGACUUAAAGCCUGUGGAAGAAGAAAGAAGGGUAUGGUCAUGGUAUAAUUAUUUAUAUUUUUGGUUAGCAGAUUGUUUUAAUAUCAACACGUGGCAAGUGGCUGCGACAGGUCUUCAAUUGGGGUUAAAUUGGUGGCAAUGUUGGUUGACAGUUUGGAUUGGAUAUUUCUUUGCAGCUUUAUUUGUUGUUUUAAAUUCAAGAAUUGGUACUGCAUACCAUUUGUCUUUCCCAAUAUCGGUAAGAGCAUCAUUUGGUAUAUUUUUUUCGAUGUGGCCUAUUUUAAAUCGUGUUGUUAUGGCUAUUGUAUGGUAUGCUGUUCAAGCUUGGUUAGGUGCAACGCCUGUUUCACUAAUGUUAAAAUCAAUAUUUGGUAAAGAUUUAGAAAAAAGAAUUCCAAAUCAUUUCGGCUCUCCCAAUGCUACCACAUAUGAGUUCAUGUGUUUUUUCAUUUUCUGGGUAGUUAGUUUACCUUUUGUAUUAGUUGCUCCACAUAAGAUUAGGCAUCUAUUUACUGUCAAGGCAUGUCUGAUUCCUUUUGCUGCAUUUGGAUUUCUAAUUUGGGCUUUAAUAAAAGCUGACGGUAAUAUUGAACUGGGUACAUUAAGUGAUUUAGCACCACAUGGAUCUGAAUUCUCGUGGGUUUUCAUACGAUCACUAGUAGCAUGUAUUGCUAAUUUUGCAGCAUUAAUUAUCAAUGCUCCAGAUUUUGCCAGAUUUGCAAGAACUCCAAAAUCGUCAUUAUGGACACAGUUGAUUGCAAUUCCUUUAUUUUUUGCAAUUACUUGUCUUAUCGGUAUCAUUGUUACUGCUGCUGGAUAUCAUUUAUAUGGCAUCAAUUAUUGGUCCCCAUUGGAUGUUCUUGGGCAAUUUUUAGAUACCACAUAUACCAGAGGGACUAGGGCUGGGGUAUUUUUAAUUUCAUUUGUCUUUGCAUUAGCGCAGUUAGGGACCAAUAUUUCUGCCAAUUCGUUAUCGUGUGGUACUGAUAUGACUGCUUUAUUCCCCAGAUAUAUCAAUAUUAAACGUGGUUCUUUAUUUUGUGUCAUCAUGGCACUUUGUAUAUGUCCAUGGAAUCUAUUUGCUAGUUCAAGUAAAUUCACCAGUGCCCUAAGUGCCUAUGCUAUUUUCUUAUCCAGUAUUGCCGGUGUUAUUUGUGCAGAUUAUUAUGUGGUUCGAAGAGGUUAUAUCAAAUUAACUCAUAUGUUCCUAGCCCAACGAGGAUCAUAUUAUAUGUAUAGAAAUAAGUUUGGUUUAAACUGGAGAGCUCUCGUAGCAUACUUAUGCGGUGUCGCUCCAAAUUUACCAGGAUUUAUUGCAUCUGUUAGCAAUAUUAAAAUAUCGGCUGGUGCCAUGCAGUUAUAUUAUUUGAGUUAUCCUGUUGGAUUCAUGAUAAGUUUGGUGGUUUACAUAGCAUUAUGCUAUUUCUAUCCUGUACCUGGGACUCCCGUGAAGAAUAUCUUGAGAGAUAAGGGAUGGUUUCAAAGGUGGGCGUUCGUGGAAAACUUUGAAGAGGAAUGGAAAGAAGAGCUUCUUAGAGAUGACCUUCAUGAUGAUGUUAUAAGCGUCGAUGAGCAUGAUGGUGAAGAAAUUAUAUAUUGA